ACAUCGCUAGAUUAAUCUUGCCAUCCCUAUAAAACAGCAGCUGUUGAAAUGAAUUUAUGCAAAUUGAAUUGUUCAUUCUUUUGCAAAUAUUCGAAUUGAAUAGACGUUCGAACGUGUUGUUCGGUGUGGUGUAAAUUUAGCUCGCCUUCCGUCUGACUCGAGUGCGUUAUUCCUGCUCGCAUAUAUUAUCGGUGUGAAAUUACUUUUUUCGCAAAUUUGUUCGAUAAAUCUUUUCCAAGAUGCCAAAACUUCAGAAGCCUGCCCCUCACUUCAAGGGGACUGCCGUUGUUAAUGGCGCUUUCAAAGAGAUCGAUUUGAAUGACUUCAAGGGCAAGUACUUGGUGCUGUUCUUUUACCCAUUGGACUUCACCUUCGUGUGCCCCACCGAAAUUAUUGCUUUCUCAGAUCGCGCGGCUGAGUUCCGCAAUAUUGGAUGUGAGCUUGUAGCUUGUUCAACUGACAGUCACUUCACGCAUUUAGCAUGGAUAAAUACUGCUCGCAAGCAGGGUGGUCUUGGGGAUUUGUCUAUUCCCUUGUUGGCAGAUAAAUCCAUGAAGAUUGCACGUGACUACGGUGUGUUGGACGAAGAUACUGGCAUUCCAUUCCGUGGCCUAUUCGUCAUAGACAAAAGUCAAAACUUGCGCCAGAUCACCAUUAAUGACUUGCCAGUUGGCCGCAGUGUCGAUGAAACUUUGCGUUUGGUGCAGGCCUUCCAGUUCACCGACGAGCACGGUGAAGUGUGUCCAGCUAACUGGAAGCCCGGUGCGAAAACCAUGAUUGCUGAUCCUAAGAAGUCCAAGGAAUACUUCGCCGUCGCCUCUUAAGCUAAUCACAUUCGGUACUUAUAAAACAGAAAAGCGGAUUUGCUCAAAAAAUUUUAAGAAAAUUAACAUUCAGAAAUUCCACUAUUGUUAGGUUAGUAACGACGCUGGAAGUUGUAUGUUAAAGGAAAUUACAAAAAUAUUUCAUUCGAAUUAAUAUUGCAAGUCACGGAUCAGCAAAACACUAAUAACAAAAGCACUUAAAGUGCGCUUUAAUGAG